AUGUCAACGUGCCCAUAUAGUGUUCUCCAUCACGUCUCUACUAUAACGGGCUCUGUGUCAUUUGUAGCUUCGCUCAUCGCGCAGAUUCCGCAAGUCCUAGAAACCUAUGUGGAUAAGACGGUCGAGGGUCUUUCACCACUUUUUCUUCUAGCUUGGCUGGUAGGAGACAUCACAAUGCUUGCAGGAGCACUCAUGACCAACCAACUGAAAUUCCAGAUUGUUCUAGCGCUAUAUUUCUUGGCCAACGAUCUUUUCGUCUGUGGCCAAUACUUUUACUACGGGGUGCUUCAUGACAAUAAAUUGGCGACGCCAGGCCAUGAACAGAUAAACACUGAGGAACGGAUGGCUAUAGUUAGAAGCAGGGGCUCCGAUGUCACGAGCUUAAAUCAGAGAUCGUGGUUUGCGGGUCUUCUCUUUUUCAUAACAGGAGCCCGCGGCUCGCCAUUGGGAUUAACAUCGGACAUCAAAAUUGAAUCCACGAUUGGCAUGAAUGCAGGGGUCAUCCUGUCAUGGGCUGGGGCAUCAUGCUAUGUUGGUGCCAGAAUCCCGCAACUAUUAAAAAACUACCGUCGAAAGUCAACCGACGGUCUUUCGCCAUUUUUGUUUUUCAAUAUGUUGCUGGCCAACAUAACCUACAAUGUUAGCAUAUUCACUAGCUGUGGCUUUCUUGAAUGUCCGGACAAGUGGGCAUUCACAAUGAGUGAAAUGCCUUUUAUUGUUGGUAGCGCAGGGACUGUGGUGUUUGAUCUAAUCUACUUUUAUCAACAUUAUGUCUUGUAUGCUGAAGACAUGCACCUCAGAGAGCUUGAGGGCCAAUUGAACACUGGUAGCACUUCCAAUGAUGAAAUUGCACCCCUGCUUCAGUUAGAUAAUUCACACUGA